GAAUCUUUUUCGAGAACCAAUCAAAAAUCACCAGGCACACAGUAUAAAAAUGUCGUCGAUCUUGUAAUUAAUAUUGUAAUUUAGCUUUAUUUUCCGAUUAUUUACGCGGGCGUUAUCAUUUGGAGAAAUAAUUUCUGACGAUUGUGUUCCCUAGUUAGUUUCAUUCUCAUUUCCUAAAUAAUAUUCUUAUCAAAAGAAAUGGGCGACGAAAUGGAUCCUUGCGAAUGCCUUUGGAACCAUGAAAUGGCCAUGAGGCGCCUGAUUUCUCUGCUCCGUCAAGGGCAAUCAUACUGCACAGAUAGUGAAUGCCUAGAGCAGCUGCCAGGGCUGCCGGCUCCACAAUCAGCCGGGAACAGCUUCCUCGUGAUGUUCCUGAUGAUGGCCCUCGCCGUCGCCAUGUACAUGAUGCGCCCGCAACGCAACCAGAUACAGGAUGUCACCAAACCGGACCGCAAUCAGGACCGUGACGGCGCCCCGCCCACUCCUCCGCGGAUCUAAUACACAGCCACACAACGGAGGUGCAAAGGAUUCCAGUAAAUUGUAUUAUAAUAAUAAAGUAUUACACGUUGCCCUGUUCGAUACACUAAAGGGACGCAAUUCUAAGACCUUGUAUAGAUAUAUAUGUAAAACGUAAGUGGAGAUUAUAUUUUAUCGAUUGAUAAAGGAUCUGGUUCUCGCCAAAAGUUAUAUAUUCCACUGAAAUUUAAUAUGCGGCAAAUUUAUUGGUUGAUAUCUGAUGUAUGUAGUUUUGUGUAAAGUCUAGUUAGACGAACCAUUCCAUUUCGACAGUAUGUCCACUUGUCUGAUGUAGGCCCAUUCCAUAGGAUUCGAAAUAAUGUAAAACUUUAGUACUACUGAAUGUGACGUGCUGUGUUUGAGAGAACAAUGAGUUUUUCACAUUGCGUCUAUAUUCAGAAAAUGAUUUGACAACUCUGCAGAAAACUGCAUGCGAUGCAAGACGGCGACACAUUCCUAUAGUUUCAAGUACAAUAUGGCAUUUGUUUUGUCUUAUAUUGUUGCGAAUUCUAUGUCUCCUUACAAUCCUCUGUGUGAGAGCUUUCUUCAAACAUUAAUUUAGAACUGGUGCUAUAAUUUUAUACUUACAUUUUGUGCGAUCAUUUGGAUAGAGAUGAAUAGAUCAUUUAGUAUCUCUGAAGUAUGUAUAAAAAUAUCUCAAAUUCAUCACAAGUGCAAUAUAAAUUAAAUAACAGAUCUGAAUUGUAGCGUAAGAAAAAUAAAUAAUAUUAUGUCACAAUAUAGUAAGUAUACUACUUAUAAUUUUAUGAUUCUCUUUUGUUCAACAUAGCAAAUCGCUGUGAUCCUUUCUAGUUUAGUUGCAAGUUUAUCAUAUUCAUUUAAAUUUUUUAAGUGCACUUAUUUUUGCUUGUUUUCACCAUGUUAUAAGAAAGCGGUCAACUUUAAAAUUAAAUAUUUGGUCCCAAAACCUAACAACAUUAAUUCAUUGACCUGUUAUGUGACCAGUCAUUUGGUAACUAUAAUAUCCGAUAACUUUUUGUGAUAAAAAGAUUUGUUUACUAUAAAAUCCCCAUUUUUGUUUUUUUUUUUUAUUGACCGUGGAUAUUUAUUAGUUUUAAUUCCACAUUUACUUUGGGUUGGGUUUUAAGCUAUUUUCAUCUCAUUAUUAUUUUUGGACACAUCAUACAUUGUAUGAUAUUUAAAACAAAAUAUUGUUGAAUUAUUUCUGGAUCGAUGUACUGAGGUCCAUCAUUUUUUGUCUAAAUACUUUGCCAUCCUAAUGGUUAAUGUUAAUUAACAUUGAUUAUUCAUCAUUGGUUAGGUAAGGUAGAAGGUAAGUACUUACAUAUGGUUUAUUAAUCAUGUGUACCUUCUCUCUCACCUCAGAGAAAAAGGGGAAAAAAACAUAUGGCAGCAUGUGGCUUAUCAAUGAUUGUGUAUAAUCUCAGGAUGGCUAAACAUUUUUGAAAUUCUUUGAUUGUUUUUUAAGAGAAAUUCCAGCACAGUUUUAGUUAUGUUGUAUUAGGAUGUUUAGUUUUAUUUG